AUGAUUCCAGCGGCGAAGUUGGACACAGCCGUAUCGGAGAAGCUCGUGGGACUUCCCCAAUGGGCAGGAUGUUGGAGCAAAAGCCAGCUGCAGAAAUGGCAAGCCAUCACUGAAGAAGUUCACAGCAAGGGUUGCUAUAUCUUUCUGCAGCUUUGCUGUGCAGGUCGCACGGCAGACAAGGGAUUUCUCAAGCUCUCAUCUGGCAAUAUCCCCCUCGAGGCUGAAGUCACCGCCGGCUUCGAUGGCGUGGAGCUUCACGGUGCUAAUGGCUACCUCAUCGAUCAGUUCAUCCAAGAAUCUUGCAAUAAUAGGACGGAUAAAUGGGGUGGCUCGGUUGAGAAUCGCUCGCGCUUUGCACUCGAAGUCACUGCCGCGGUUGUUGAUGCUGUUGGUGGUGAUCGUGUUGGCUUCCGCAUCAGUCCUUGGAGCACAUACCACUCUAUCGAGCCUCGGAAUCCGGAGUCUCAGUUCACUCAUCUGGUUACUGAGUUGCGGAAGUUGGACCUGGCUUACCUACACGUCAUUACGUCUCGUGUGGACAAUUGGUACGAUGUGGACCGUGUAAAGCCUCUGGAUUUUGUCUUUGAUAGCUGGCGAAUAGACAUACCUGUCAUCAUCACUGGGGGGUAUGAUGGAGAGUCUGCAAAGCGCGCUGUUGAGGAGUAUAAGGACUUCAAGCUCGCCGUUGGAUUCGGUCGGUCGUUCGCUUCAACGCCUGAUCUUGUGGCUUGCAUUAGGAAGGGUAUCGCACCAAACCCUUUCAAUGGCGACCUAGCCUAUACUCCCGGUACCCCAAUAGGGUACAUCGACUAUCCUUUCCUAUCAUAA